GCAGGCCGAGUAUAGGUCGAAAGUCGUGCUAGGGAAGUUAGCGCGAGAGGCAAUAGAGGAAACGAGGUCGAUACAAUCGGCGCGAAACGCAGAGGCUGGUCUCGCGGCGAGGCCAAAUCCUGGAGACGAAAGCCGUCCGUCGUCUAGUUGGGCCGCAUGGGGGUUGAAGUGAAACUGAGCUCGCAGGGUGUGCGGGACAUCGGCGCCGGAACGGCGCGCCGCGGCGCCACGUGGCCAACUCCUCCCACCAAUAUCUUCCUACCUAUUCAUCCGGCACCACUACCACUAUAUGCGCACACAAACACAACGAUAUCCACAUAUCCGAUCUAAAGAGACCGGCUAACCCUUCGCGUCUUUCUUUACUCUCUUCCCUUUCCUUCGCAGCGCGCACACAUGCGUCCUUCUAUCUCGAAUUGCCGAGAUAUCGCGCUUUCCCUCUUCUUUCCCCGGUCGAACACUGUCCUUGCCUGAACGGGCAUCGGACGAUAUGUAAGUUCGGGGAUGGAUCGAGAUAAUAGUCGUUACUCGAACAACCGAUUGGUUUAGUUUCUCAAAUUGGGUACACAUUGAUCUGUAUGACCGGUCAAAUUAAUAGAUGUCUUUUAAGCAGGCAAUAGUAUCGAAAGCAUGGUGAACUUAAAGCUUGAAGGAAAUGAUUUUUGGCGAACGGUGCAGAAGUCUGUUCUCUUUUCUUUGUUAUUUGGUUUUCUUUCAAUCGACUUUGGACGGUUUAAUAGAGUCGGAUGCGUUCGGUUAUAAAAUACACAAUAAACGGAUUUUUUCUCCUCUGUACCCGAAGAUUGAAGCUAAAGGGUUCUCUGGAGGUGUUUCAAUUAUGUAUAUUGCUUUCCACGAGAACGCCAAAUACAUGCACUUGGACAAAGACAUGGAAACUACAUGGGAUUUAAGUGGACUAUGGAAUAAAAAAGAAAAGGAGAGAGAAAAAAAGAAAAAGAUAAAAAAGAGAAAAAGAAGAAGGUGAAAUCAGAGUGCGGAAUCCAUUAGCAAAGUCCAGGGAAACACGUUUUACCAUCGACGCCCGAUCUUUCAUUCUCGGGCAAAGAGUGGCGCGAGCUUUUGUAGUAUAUGAAUGACUGACUCUUCGAAAUGCUAGCAGAAUGUCCACCCCUAUUUUCUCCCUUCUUCCCUCCUUUGCUAUCUAAAUUCUGUAUCGACUUUCUAAACGCUAAUGUAUUGGUAAUAUUCAAAUAAUUCAAUAUCGAAUGGAAAAUAUUGAAUCAUAUCAUUGGUCAUCGGAUUAUAAAAAUAAAUAAAUGCUUAUAAGUUUUAAGUAUAAGUAAAAGUAAAGAUUGAUCUGAGAUUUCUUAUGUAUCUAAUAUUUUUAUU